AUGGGAUCAAAGGGUGAACAGCAAAAGGAAAAUAAAUAUAAAUGGAACCAGGAAAUGUCUACUCCUAUUUCAACAGAAGCGAGUAUAGCGAAACAAUUAAGACGUGAAACAUCAAUUAAAUCUUACUUAGAGCGCGAAAAAGAAUUAGAAAAACAAAAUGAAAAACAAAAAUUAGUUGAUACUACUUUCGACUUCUUAGAAAUAACACAAAAAAACUCAAAAGGAACAGAAACUACGAUACCACGUGAUCAUGAAGGCAUACAUGAUUUCACAGAAGGCAAAAAUUUUAAAUAUUCAUCAUCUUCUGAUCCAUCGGUAAAAGAACAAAUAUCUGACAAAGAAAUUGAAACCCUAAAAGUAACUACUGUUCCAGUAAGAUCUGAAAAAACAACAACAAAUGAUGAUAAUGUGGAUGAAGAGUCUACUACUGUAGAAACUUCUGAAUUCAAUGAUACCAAUUUAAAUUUAAAAAGCACCGAGCAACUAUCAACAUUUGCUCAACUAACGGUAAGAUUAGAGAGAUUUGACUAUGAUGUGCAAAAUAAAAAAGCAAUUGAAGAUGUCUCAGAAAAUCGUAAGCAAGAACAGGCACAAAGUAUGUCUAAUGAUUUGAAUCUCAAAAAUAUAGAAGAUAAUUCGAUGAAAUUAUUAGAUGCCGGUGCUAUAAUACUAGAUGAUAAAAGGAACCAAAAAGUAUCUACUUCUAAAGCAGAAAAAGAAAAUGAAAUUAAUUAUAUCAUAGCAGAAGUUGUAGAAGAUAAUUUAGAGCAUCAAAAAGAAUUGAGAAACGAAAAAGAAAAACUGAACAUAACACAGAACAAAUCCACAGAAACACAAAUAAUGAUUUCACAUGAUGAUGAAGUUAUACAGGAUUUCAUAUCGAGCAAAAAUACGAAACAAUUAUCAUUUUCUGAUCCAAUGGUAAAAGAAAAAUUAUGCGACAAAGAAAAAUCACCUGCAAAAUUAUACAUUGUUCGAUCGGAAGCAGAAACCUCGGAAAAAAUAACCGAAGAACACAUGCAUGAUGAUAAAGUGGCACACGAUGAUAAAGUAAUACAGAAGUCUACAGUACCUACUUCUGAAUUUAGUGAUAUCGAUUUAGAUUUAAAAAAUAUCGAACAAGGACCAUCUUUUGAUCAACUAGUAGAGUUGUUAGAUAGUUACGGCUAUGAUAUACAAAAGAAAAAAACAGUUUCAAAACCGAUUGAAGAUGCUUUAGAAAAACGCAAAGAACCUCUGUUAUCUAGAAUAAUGGGACUAGAACAAUAUGGACUAGCAGAAGACGAAAGUGGUACGCAAACAUCUACAGUAGAUAUUAAUAUUUCACCCCAAGUAAUACACUGGAACAAAGAUGUACCAGAAAAGAUAAUAGGUGAUGAUUUAGGACAGUGUAAAAAAAGUAAAAGUCUGAAAGAGAAUUCUGAAAAUGAAUGCGAAGUACAUUCUGUGCUAGAUGUGGGAUCAAAUCGAUCAAGAAUAAUAAUGAAAGUCAAGGAAAUGAUAGAGCACAACGAAAUCAAUUUAGUACAGCCAAGUUUGCAAAAUGAAAAUGGCGAUAUGUGUAUCAGAAACACCAGCUUAAAUGAUAAAGACAUGACAACUAAGCCAGAUCAUUCAGAUAAAAAUUUUCCAGAAAAAGGAGAAGUAGAUGUUUUCAAACAACCGCAAGCAGUUAAUGCAGUUUUAACCGAAACCAAUAUGAGUAUAAACGAUCAUUCCUCUGAAGUGCACAAAUUAUCUCCGGUUGCUAAAAAAGAUAGAGAAGAAGAAAAUAGUGUUAAAACCGUAAGAAAUGCUCGUCAAGUUCUAGAAUCUGAUGGUAUUGAAGCUUAUAAUAAGAAGGUAAUAAGUGAUGAGGAAAAAAAGAAAGAAGUAAAUGAAAAAAAUAAAGAGAACAAUUUGUCUACAACGGAACACGAAGAACCCCCAGUCGAAACGAGUUAUAUUGCGGAUAAGAAAAAUAGUAGUAUUCGAAGAAAAAGAAAAUUAUAUGAUCCAAAUGAUCUUUCUGUAAUUUCAUUCCAAGAAGAUGAGGUUGAGAGAUGCGAGAAAAAGAGAACUACGGAACUACAAACUGAGAUGAAACAAGGCAUAGAUGAAUCUAAUACAAUCAAAGAAUCACGUUCAAUUCUAUUAAGUUCAGCCAGGGAGGGCUAUGAACCAUUAAGUUGUGCGAGAAAAGAUCAGGAUUCACCAAGCACUUACAAAAAGCAGUCUGCUUCAUUACCUUUCGCCAAAAAAUAUCAUGAUCCAUCAAAACAUGGCAGAAAAAAUUUGACAAUAAGUUAUGUCAGAACUAAAAAAACCAAAAAGGGAACUAAUUCACGAAACCGUUCAUAUUUAUGUGCUAUGUUGAAUCUACAUAAAAGAAACAAACAUGAAAGUAGUAAUAAUAUCAGUGAAGCUAAUCGAGCAAUGUUAAAUAGAACCUUGCACAAGAUUUUUGGUUGGCCAGUUGAAGCAGAAAGUUUCUUAAAAAAAGUUUUUAAAAAAUCCAAUGCAAACUCCACGGAAUUAAAAAGAGAAGAAUGUUCAGAAAAUAAAUACGAAACACAAAAUGAAAAUACUAGAAGCCCCAUCAUUGUCAAAGCUAAGGGCCCUACAAAAAAGAAAAAAAUACCAAAUGAUCAAAUUCGUUAUGCUGAUUUAGUCAAGGCCCGAGAUGCUAGUCACCAUAAGGCAAAGGAAACAUUUAUGAAGGUUCUGAAAGAUAUUCAAGAUGAUUUAAAUGAUGGAGAAAAUUUGAUGGAAAUGCUUCGUAAACAUAAGAAAAAAUCAAUAAGUACGGAAAAACGUUCUUCGAAGAAUAAAAGUGUUAGGAGUAAAUCAAAAGCAAAUACUAGCCAAAAAGUCAAAACAUCUAAUGUUUCACAAAAAAGACGUAGUAUUACUCCAAAUAGGUCUGAGCAAGGUUCUUCGACAAAGAAACGAAAACUUAAGAAAAUCGGUGAUAAGAAACAAAAGAAAGAAAUUAACGACAAAAAUAAAGAGAAUAAUUUUCGUCCAAUAUUACACGAAGAUUUUCCACUCAAAAAGAGUUGUUUUGCGGAGAGAAACAAUAGCACUAUUAGACAAAAAAGAAAAUUGUAUGAUCCAAAUGAUGUGGUUGAGAUAUGCCCAGAAAUGAUAACUAAGGAACCCAAUUUUUAUGAAAAUCGGGAACCAAUGUUUCCAGAAAGAAUUUAG